AUGAAGCUAAAUCUUGAUGCCCUAUUCUCGCAAAGCCAUAUCAGAUGCAGAGAUCGUGAGGCCCUCGAAAAGAAGCUUGCCGCCGUUGUUGAGGAUGGACCGAGGGAGCUUUUGAUAAUUUCUGAUUUUGACCAAACUCUAUCUCGAGCUUAUGAUGAAGAAGGAAAGCCUUGCACGUCGUCAAUUGGUGUUUUCCGGCUGCAUGGUGACAAAAUUCAGCCUGGCAUGGCAAAAGAGAUGCAAGAACUCUUCGAAAAGUACUACCCAACCGAGUGCAAUCCCCAUUUGACGAUGGAGCAGAAGUUACCGACAAUCAAAGAAUGGUGGGAAAAAGCACACGAAGUCGUGACCCGCGUUCCCUUUACUGCAGAACGAUUGCAGCAGCUCGUCCUCGAAUCGAACCUGCGGCUUCGUGACGGUGCAGAAGAAUGGCUUAAGAACCUCGAAGGCCAUGGCAUUGCCAUUCUUGUUUUCUCUGCCGGGAUCGGUGAUGUUAUCGAAAUCUAUUUAAAGCAUCAGCUAGGCGAGAUCCCCAAUCAUCUCCACGUGAUUGGAAACUUUUUGGAGUAUAAUGCUGAGGGUUCUGUAACUACAUUCCAAGAGCCAACGAUCCACGUUUUCAACAAGAAUGCAACGGUUAUUAAGAAGAAUGGACCGUUCUGGGACGCGCACUCGGAGCGGAAGCACAUUCUUUUGAUGGGCGACAGUCUCGGAGAUUUGCAUAUGGAUGUUGGAGAGGUGCACAGUGGCCAAACUAUCAAAAUUGGGUUCCUGAAUAUCUACUCCGAUGACAUGCUUGCCAAAUUUAUGGACGGGUUCGAUAUUGUGGUCAUUAGGGACCAGACCGUCGAUGUUCCAAAGUUCAUCACGGAGUUGAUUGCCAAUCGAGGUCGUGCGAUGGAG